AGGCAGGUCAUGGAUUGCUACAGGAAAUAUGCAGCUGUCAUGUUGACCAUUUUCUCUGUCUUUCUACAUCUCCUUCAUGCGUUCCCCGACGGAGAGUUCCUCAUGCAGGGUUGCCCAGAGUGCAAGCUAGGGGAGAACAGAUUCUUUUCCAAACCAGGAGCUCCCAUCUACCAGUGCACUGGGUGCUGUUUCUCCCGUGCCUAUCCCACCCCGAUGAGGUCCAAGAAGACCAUGCUCGUUCCAAAGAACAUUACCUCAGAAGCAACGUGCUGUGUAGCAAAGGCUUUUACCAAGAUUACCCUGAAGGACAACGUGAAGAUAGAGAAUCACACAGAUUGUCACUGCAGCACCUGCUACUACCACAAAUCCUAAAGCCUUUGCUAAUGGCCAAGGACAACAGUGAAUGGAGUGUUUGUUUUUCAGCUCUUUUAGCAUCACUGUGUAGAACCUUCUGCUUUCUGGUCAGGACACUGGGUAGACCUUUGGAUAAGAUAAAUGGCUGUUUUAUUUCCUCUUUGCUUCUUCAUGCACUUAAGUCAGUUUAAUUAUUUCCAUUAGGGCUAAAAUAGAGCACUUGCAUGACAACCAAAUGCUUGGUCUGGUUUGAAAAUAAACUGGCAGUUAAAUCAUCAGUGUCUAGUGAGGACAAAUGGUGAUUCAAUAGCUUAAAACAAACAGCAAAGAAAAGAUUCUGCUGCAAUUAA